GACAACCGACUUAGAAUCUGAACGAAGAUGUUCAAGUGAUGAUCGAGUGAUUAUCAAACAACAAUAAAUUAUGUCGGAAAAGUUGGGGAAGCAAUGAAAAAAAUUUAAAUUAACUAUGAAAAAUACCUUGGUGAAAGUGUGUGCCCCUGAUGGGGGUUACGGAUGGAUUAUCGUGUUUGCAGCCUCUUUAAAUAAUUUCAUCUCCGUUCCGCUAAUCUCCAACUUCGGACUGAUCCUGAAGGACGACUUCCACCACCUGGGCAUCUCCACCACCGAGGAGUCUUUCAUCGUCAACUUGAACUCGGCCUUCGGCAUGUUGGCAGGCCUGGUGAACGGGCCUCUGCUCAACCGCUUCGGCUAUAGGAAGAUAUCUCUGGCGGGGGCCUUUUGCAUGUCGGCCGGCAUAUUCUUCCUGGCGUUCGCCGAGUGUAUGACGGAGUUCGUGCUGGCCUACGGACUGAUGGCAUCUUUGGGAGUUGGCCUCACCAUGUCAUCCUACACCCUAGCCAUCAGCAGCUACUUCACAAAAAAAAGGAACAGGGCGUUCGGUAUAGUCAUGACGAUGGCCGGACUGGGUCCCAUUUUGAUGCCUCAAAUCAUCAAUUCUCUCUUGGAACACUUCGACACUAAGGGCGUUACUCUCAUUUUGUCCGGCAUUUAUGCCCAAACAUUCAUCGCCGCCAUUCUCCUGCAACCUGUCGAGAACCACCAAAAGAAAUAUACAUACCUAAGGAAAGGUGAGACAAUUUUGAACACGGAAGACGCUCAAGAAAUUGGUGGCAGUGACGAGAGGGAUGAGGAGAAUGAAGAUAUCAAAGACAUACCUGUCAUAACUCAUAAAGGAAUCUACAGAAGUAAAUCGCAAAUAAUUGCGAAUAUAUCUGUAUUCCAAAGGAAAGAUGAUUCAAUCACGAUAAGUCAUGAUCAAGAAGGUGCAGGAAUUUAUGGAAUUGAUUCAUCAUUGAUAGGAGCCAGUGUGAUGUCCCUGGAAUCAGUUAUGCUUCCUUCUUCUCCAAGACAAAAUACAAAAAUGAAAUAUCAAUGGUGGAGAAGUGCCUCCACAAUCAAUUUGGAAAGUUCUUUGGAUCUCUUCGACGAACACCCUUAUAAAACAAACGGCAACCAGGGUGAUAAAAUAUACAACGAACUCAGUGUGAGAAGAGAGAAUACCAAAAUAUGCAAACAAAUUCUGGACGGUAUCGUGAAAAUUUUCGAUCUGACAUUAUUCAAAGAUCCGAUUUACUGCAGCAUCAUGAUCGGGUUAUCCUUGGUUAUAUUCGCAGAGGUCGACUUUUCCAUAACGAUAGUUUAUAUUCUCAGUGACCUUGGAAUGGAUACGCAGGAAAUCGCCGAAUUUCUAUCCAUUCAGGGAAUGGCCGAUAUAAUUUUCCGGUUUUUGGCGCCCUUCAUCGGGAAUUCCUUGAACCAGCCUCCGAGAUUCAUUUUAGCUUUAUCUCUGAUCGGAAUAGUUUUUUCAAGAUGGCUGUUUCUAUCUAUCGUUCAAAUAAGAUACUAUUUCGCAAUCGCAGUUGCCCUAGGACUUAUGAAAGGCAUCAGAACAGUUUAUUCCACAUUGAUUAUCCCUAGCUAUGUACCUUUGGACAGGCUAGCUUCAGCUUCAGGAAUUCAAAUGAUGUUUAAUGGACUGUUCAUAUUUGGCGGUGGUUCGAUCCUAGGGUACAUAAGACAAGCAGGUGGAUAUAUGCCUGCCAUCAUCGCCCUCAAUUGUGUUACAUCUUUUGUAGUCAUCAUGUGGACGAUAGAAUUUUUCAUAACUAAAAUCGGAAAAACAUCGCCCAGUGGACCAGAAAAUCUAGAAAUGUCUAACAGCUUAAUAGAUAAGUCGUGACAAUGCUUUUGUGAUAAUAAUGAUAAGUUUUUAUAUGAAUAAAUCGACCUGUAAAUUAUUUUUUUACUUGAUUACGCUUUUUGAAUAAAAACAGAUACAACUCA